AAAAUAAAAAUCAACAAUGCUCAUAAACAUUUUGUGGAUUUGUUCGCUUUGAAGUGAAGCGCGCGCUGCAGGUCCCGAGCUUGGGUCUCGCGCUUGGAAACGUCGCGCGCGGCGCUUGUUUAAAAGUUUAAAUAAUAACGGAAUUAACAGUCAUUCCUCACGAGAGUCGUCAUUUUUUUAUUGUCGCCUAAUAAAGUUGUGUAUUAAUCCAUAUUUCAACCUUUUUUAAACAAGUUAAUCUGGAGCGCCUCGUUUUGGCAUGAAAAGUGAAACCCAAGCGUCCGUUUCAAAGCACUGAAAAAUCUGCCAAGUUAGCAGAAAAAAAGCAAAAAACGAGCCACGGAAAUCGCCUUUCCUCCUCAUCUUUUACGCUUUUAAAUGGAUUUUAUAAAGGCGACUCGCUUACUCUUGCACCUUUUGGACUACACACGGAAAUAAAAGUGAAAUAUAUAUAUAUAUAUUUUUUACAUAUAUACAUAUUUUUUUAUUGCAGUGAGAGUGGUUUACUGACACGGAGCCACCAUGAAAAGACGCCGGAGGCUUCUCGUUGUUUUUCUGCAAACGUCAGAGAAAUUCCAUCACUGUCGCGUCACGAUAUGACAAACGAGAUUUACCGACUUUCCUGACACCUGGGAGCUCUUAAACAAUGGCAGCGUCAGCUUUUCUUUUCCCCGGUUAGCGGAGAGGCUGGACUGUCCCCUGUCAGUAACACUGAAAUAACUGUAGCGUUUCUUCUCAUUAAAGACUCCUUACGCAAAUACUUUUGGUCUGCGCAUGCGUGAGGGGAGGUCACGUGUUCAGCACGCGCGAGUUUCAGGUUGUUAAUGGAUGGUGUCAAAAGACUGAGUGUGUGAGUGAAGACUCCGUAUCUGAACACAGAAGAGGACACACACAUACGUAUACAUCGCAAAAAUGAAUGAAAGGCAGGCUCUCCACUCCAUCAUGAAGGACCUGGUGGCGCUGCAGAUGACCAGGCGGCAGCCCGUGCCAGCCUUCGACAUGGCCAAAGCCAAGCCUGCAAACACUGCCAGCACGGCUAACAGACAGGACGACGUCAGGAUCAAGUUCGAGUUCAACGGGGAGAGAAGGAUACUGAUGUUCAUUCGGCCAGUGCAGUUUGAGGAAGUCCAGCAAAAGGUCAAGACUGUCUUCGGCCAGCAGCUCGGCCUGCACUAUAUGAACAACGAGAUGUCCAUUCCACUGCACGGCCAGGAUGACUUAGACAAGGCUAUCGACCUGCUGGAUCGCAGCUCUAACAUGAAGAGCAUAAAGAUCCUGCUGCUAACAGAAGAACACAGCAACGUCUCGUCCCUGACCUAUCACUCAGGGGGCAAGCAGGUUCGAAUCAAAGCCUCGCAGUCCAUGGGGGACGUGAGCACGGCGUAUCAGUCCUCUGAGCCCAGGGGACGUCACCCAUCCACCAGUUCUCAGAACACUGGGCGGAGCUCUCCGCCUCCCGGCUACGUCCCGGAGCGGCAGCAGCGAAUCGCUCGCCAAGGAUCCUACACCAGCAUUAACAGUGAGGGAGAGUUCAUACCCGAGACCAGCGACCAGUGUGUGCUGGACCCUUGGAGCAGUGCGGAAAACUCCAUAUCCGGGAGCUGCCAGUCGCUCGACAGCAACUCGGAAAGCCCGUCACUCCGGAAGUCCCGCAUGCACAGGGCCCGGAGUUAUCCUGAUAACAGACAGGAUUGUGCAGACAGGGAGAAUCACGUGUAUGAUAAGAUUAUAGCCAAAGGAGGGACGUACCCACGGAGGUACCCGGUCUCUCCGCAUCACAAAGACCUCAGCGAGGGUCGGCGGACGUUUCCACGGAUACGACGUCCCCAGGGUAACCUGUUCACGCUGGUGCCGUCACGCCGCUCCCUCAACGGCAGCGAGGAGAGUCUCGGAAGCUGGCAGCUGCUCGACGCGCACUCCCGGCUCCGCCCCAAAGACCGCCCCCUGCCUCACAAGUCCCCCACGGCUCCUGUGACAUGGAGACGAGGGAAACUGCUAGGCCAAGGUGCAUUCGGACGCGUGUAUCUCUGCUAUGACGUGGACACCGGACGGGAACUGGCGGCUAAACAGGUCCAGUUUGACCCAGCCAGUCCGGAGACCAGCAAGGAGGUCAGCACCCUGGAGUGCGAGAUCCAGCUACUGAAAAAUCUGCACCACGAGCGCAUCGUGCAGUACUACGGCUGCCUCCGCGACCACAACGAGAAGACCCUGACCAUCUUCAUGGAGUACAUGCCAGGGGGCUCGGUGAAAGACCAGCUGAAGGCCUACGGGGCGCUAACGGAGAACGUGACCCGGAAGUACACCAGGCAGAUCCUGGAGGGCAUGUCCUACCUGCACGGCAACAUGAUCGUCCACAGGGACAUUAAAGGUGCCAACAUCCUGCGGGAUUCUGCAGGGAACGUGAAGCUCGGAGACUUCGGGGCCAGCAAGCGCCUGCAGACCAUCUGCUUGUCCGGUACGGGCGUGCGCUCGGUCACCGGGACGCCGUAUUGGAUGAGCCCGGAGGUCAUCAGCGGAGACGGUUACGGACGCAAAGCGGAUGUGUGGAGUCUCGGCUGCACCGUAGUAGAGAUGCUGACCGAGAAGCCACCGUGGGCCGAAUACGAAGCCAUGGCCGCCAUCUUUAAAAUAGCCACCCAGCCCACGAACCCCAUGCUGCCGUCCUACAUCUCCGAGCAGACCAAAGACUUCAUCCGGCGCAUCUUCGUCGAGGCCAAACACAGGCCGAGCGCAGAAGAGCUGCUCAGACACCCGUUCUCCCAGAUCUUCUGCUGAGCGAGAUGCAGAGAUAUAGCUGAAAGCUGUAAUUAUGACACGGAGCAGACCAAAGCACCACACACAGCUGGGAAUCACACAUUCGAGAGCGGUUAGAUUUAGGCCUUCAAUUAGUCCGUGCUGCAUUGCUGCGUGCAUACCAGCAGGGGGCAGCUCAAGACAGCCGAGUGCUAUCGAUGGCACCGUCUGUCUGGACUCAGUAGUAGAGCUGCACAAUAGAAGUAAACAUAAUGAGCAUAGUGUGAUUGCUUUGCUCUAUCCUGAGAUCACAGUAGGACAAAGCAAACUGCUCAACCUGUGAGUCUAAGCUCUGUACAGGUCAGUGCGGGUCAUGUGGGUUGCAGGUUCCUGACUUGUUCCUUGUUGUGUACCUGGUCUUGCCAGGGUUUAUAUCAUGUUCCCUAAAGGUCAAUCAUUCAGGUCAAACAUAUUAGCGUGGAGUUAGUGGUCAGUGGGAAAGCUGCAGGCUGUGUUUCAGCGAUUAAACCGGGUGUGUAGAUGCCUGAUGCUUUCUUCCAACCGUCAUGACAGGUUUUGAGGCAACACUAACUGUAAAUGAAAUGUUCGAAAUCAGUUUUAAAUCUCAGAUCAUCAUUUUGUGACCAUGUUGAGUCGUCAAGCUGUUUGCUGUCAUCCAAAACAAACAAACAAACAAAACAAAUCCCGAAAAUCUUGCCAUCUCUUGGUUUUAUUAGAAAAGUGAGUUGGAAAACCGCUAUGUUACAUAACAAGAUAGUUAACUAGCAUCAAUUAGCGUAAUCGGUUAGUUAAACAAAGAGCUAAUAUAUUUUCUGGACUAUAAGAUGCACUACUUUCGGUUCUAAUUAAGUAUAUAUAUAUAUUAGAAAUUUUAAUAUUUCAUAAUAUACCGUGUUAGCCGUUAGCUUAUUGUUGUCUGCUUGAUUUCUGUAACAUAUACAGUAUAUGUACCAUAUCUACAGUAUACACAUGUACACAAGGAGACAUUACAGAUAAACUUUAAAUCAGAUCUUUAGGACUGUAUUAAGAUUUUGUAUCUAAAAGGUAGUGGUGUGUUUGUAGUCCAGGAAAUAUGGUAGCUAGUAAAAGGUUACAGAACAAGAAACAAGACUAUUAGUCUUGAACAAUUAUAUAUAUAGUGCGUUCAGAAGGUCUCUUCGCAGCAGCGUUUUUAAAGCUGGUGAUAAAAAAAGGGAUGUACUUCGUGGGAAGUUUCAUGCACCUUUUCCGGAGACAAGCAUUACACAUCGCGGCACUGUGCGAGAUUUAAUACAUAAAUACAAUUAAUCAAUCGAUCAAUCAAUAAUUUUUUAUAUAGCACUUAUUAAGUAUUUCAAGUUGACCAAAGUGCUUUAUAUAACAAAUAAAGAAGACAAAGAAUAAUAAAUAAUUAAAUCAGUACAAGCAAGACACGUAAAAUUAAGAAAUUGAGAAAAUUAAGAGCUGGAUAGAAAUUAAAACAGAAAAUAAAAAAUGAUAAUACUAUAGCUUAACAACAUAGGUUAAAAACAGAACAUUUAGAAAAAAAAAAAACAGAAUGUUAUUAGAAAUAAAAAAAAAAACACUAUCUAAGUGCUAUAUAAGUGCUUUUUUUAACUUGGAUUUAAAAGAGAUUACACCCGCAACAGAUCGUAUUUCAAGUGGUAAGGAAUUCCGUAAUAUUCCAAAUAUAAAUUUGUAUAUCAUCUGCGUUACAGUGGAAAGAUUGUACUGUACUCCCCGGAGGGAGCAUAUAAAGCAUAAAGAGGAGAGGGCCAAGAAUAGAACCCUGUGGCACCCCACAAAGCAGAGAAGCACAGGAAGAGGAUAAAUCGCCAAUCAGGACUGAAAACCUUUUAUUGGCUAAUACAUGAGUAAGAAUGAUAAUGAGUUUCAGUAUUAAACAACUAUUUUCCCAUAACCUACUCUACACGGAGGGACUUUUUUAAUGCACAUUUUUAACAGACCUGCUAACAUCUACGCAGAUGUAGCUGAAAUAAACGUAGGAGUACGCGAGGACGUGUUAUCAUAUCAAAAUGUGCCAGAAGAAACCCUAACUAUGGAUGCUGUGUUAUAAUAAAAUGUAGCUGAUGUUCAUUGUCAGGACGGCGCUAGAAUGACUUGGAUAAAAUUGAAACACAAUGUUGCAAAUACAACCUCAAAACGACAGAAUCUUUUGAACCUUUAUUUGUAACGUCCAUUUGCCCAAUCUCAGAGCGCAUCACGGUCCGGUAAAUAUUCUAAAAGGGUUUAGAUUUCCAAACUGAGAUUGGGCAGGAACGUGAUAGCAUCACGCACACACAGCGAGUGUGUCUCAUGUCACGCAUCUCUUAGUGUCGUAAUGUUCUUUCACAGAACACACCUUAAACUUUAUAAAGCAAAUUUUUUGCUUCUACCCUUUUGGCUGCUUUCCAAUAUAAUACUUCAGUAAGUUGCCGUUUUGGAGAUGAUUUGUGGUACUCAUUGUUUAACACCAUGAACACCAUGCCCUCCUGUGGUCCAGUUGGUAAGCACACAGUGCCCUCACUGCACUAACUUGAUCAGUUUGGUAUAAAAAUAGGUUUUUACCGUUUUUGAGACAUUCUGUUGUCAAAAGCAUUCGUUCAACGUCAUCCCAUUGUCAUGUAGUCCGCUUUGUUCCGCUGUCAUUUCAUCAGUCAAUCUAACUUUCAAACAGAACCACGAUAUCAAUGCAGUCCUAAUGUGAGUAAUGCUGCCAAAUUAACGCUCUGACAACCAAACAUUUCGAUUCCCUUUUUUCCUUAAAACCAAAAAGGUGCCUGUCUUCCUGUCUCGGCUGAUCAUAACACUUUUUUUUUUUUUUUACUUUAAUUAUAAAUCAAGUAAGACAAAAAAAGUAUAUUGCACAAUCCUUGAUGUAAAUAUUUAGAAACAGCUGUUGAUGGAUGUUUUUUGAACAAAACAGAUCUGAGGUCACUCUGGGUUUCAGUUCCUUUUACAGUUCACAGCGCUGCCUCGAACCUGCAAUGCAAGCAAGGUAUCAUGUGUUUUACUUAUGAACGUCUGUUUUCAUAUUUACUCAGAGCUGGUGUUUGCUCUUCUAAAUAAAGAUACGCCAAAGAACAUUCGCCAAAUUUCUCAAUCGGCAGAGGAGUUUAAAAAGCACGUUUUGUUAAACCCAGGUGAAGGAAGUGGUGCCUUAAGCUCUGUGCAGAAGUGUUUUUUUAUUUUUAUUUUUAUUAUUAUUAAUAUUUUUAAAUGCACUUUUGUAAAAAUGAAUGUUUGUUAUAUUUACCACAUUUUCAUGUUUUUUUUUCCAUAAUGUGAAAUCUGUUUCACUUUUAUUUAUAUCCCAGUGCUCAGCUGCCUCUUUUAUUUUUUAUUUUUUUGCAUACACAAAUAUUCAUUUAUAAUUAUAUUUUUAUAUCGAUUUUUCUAUAUGGAGAUGUCUUACGAAAUACGAAACCUGAAACCUGAGACGAGACGGGUGUUGGAAACCCCGGGGAAAAAACAAAAAGAGAAACGAUGUUAGCAGCUGGUUUUGCAAAGACAUUUUGUGCAUCUCUGAGUGGAAAAGGCGCUCCGGUUGUUCAACCCAAGGCAGGAACACAGAGUGUGUGUUUUUGUGUGUAUGGUGUGUAUGUGAUUGUGUGUGAGUGCAUGCGUGGCCAGGGACAAGAGAACGUUGAGGUUGUUUCUACAGGAUGGCUUAAAGAUGUGUGUUAUAAUCAACAUUGACGUACACAUAAGCACACACACAUAAACAGUGCCAUUUAGAUAGAUAAUUAGCAUAGAAAGUGUUGGAUAAUGUAGUAUGUCGAGAGGCAGGUAACAGUAUGUGCGUUUACGUUCCGACCCUCAGUCGGACCUGAUCGGAAUGAGAUUGAUCAUUAAAUGAUCAAUGAGGAUGAGCAGAACGGUGUAAACCUUUGAUGAUCUUUUCAAUACCUAAAUAUUAACCAUGUAGACACUUCUGAUCUCUCUUACUGGAGUUUCACGUCCUCUUUCUGUUUAACAUUACCUCACCUGAGUUUCUAGGAACAAAAUUUCUCACUGAGAACAAACAACGUCUCUGCGUCUCUGGAAGUGAAAAGAGCUCUGAUUGGCUCACAUUUUAUUACUUAGUAAAGCGUCUAACCAAUUAUCAAUGAGACUGAUAUGAUUGGUUCUUGUAACCAGUCAUAAGGCAAGGGGCGGGAUUUAUCAGAAAAUAUGGAAAGCCCGAUCUAAACCCGGAGAAAAAUACUAAUUUUUUUUUGACUGGCUUUGGAAAGUGAGCCAGCUAGAGAAAAAAAACUGAAAUUAGUACAGUAUUAUCAGGCUUUGUCUGAAAUUUUUUCGAUUUAUGCUUAUGUAGUAAUCACUAAAUACAGAAGAAGAAAAAAACAGACAUUUAGAGCCUGUUAACGUCACAUGACUUUACAUUUGAGACACAAGCUUUUUAAUGACAUCUGCGUCCUGUACAACAUUGUGAAAAAGCGCUAUCCGCCCUCUUUCUCAUACAUGAUUCGGCAGAUGGCUCUGAUUGGCUUGUGACACAGCCCGAUUCGUUUCUCUUUGCUCACCUCUAUUAGAUGGAUGUGGCACCAGUGAGGGUGGUACUUGCUCUCUCAUGCGAUAUUGUAACAUGUCUUGUCCUGGAAAUUUCCUUUUUUUUUUUAUCCUAGCCGGUAAUAUUUUCUUUAGAUGUUAACACUAGCUUUCUCUACUGUACUGUACUGUUAAUGUUUUGUCGUUUUAUUCCAUAUGAAAACGACUUCCUUUUCCUCCUUUUUCUCAACUUUCAGACUGAACCUUGUAAUGACGUGUGAACGUGAACGAAAGACGUGGGUGAUGAACGUGUUAAGACGCAGGUGGACACCAGAGCGCCCGGUUCCACUCAGCUCGACGGCUUUGUUUAGCUCAGGGUUCGAGUGACACGUGCCCACGAUGAGGGCACACAAAUUUGCCUGACCGAUCACUGUUAGUGUCCCGAUUUACUUCGGUGAUCUAUCGUUUCAGUUUUGGCUGCUAUUGUGGAGGUUUUUUUUUUUCUUUGGCAGCUAGUUAUCAGUAUUGUACCGAUGUUAAACGCGCACUCCUUCGAGUGAUUUGUUCGCUAGUGUUGGGAAUCGUGAGAACCCUGAGGUAAGCAAAAGACUAUAAAGCAAUAAAUGAAAUAUAUAAUGAUGAUGUAUCAUGACAUAGGACUUGCAGUGCAAAGUCUAAUGUAUUAAAGUCAUUUACAAUAAAAUAACUGUAUGCUCUUAA